CUGUACUCGUGCAGUAGGGGCGCGAGGCACAGGUGAGUCAGAGCGACUCUUUACCUGUAAACAAAAGGGGGAAGAACAUGGAAACGACACCCGGCAUACAGGUUCACGGAUCCCCGCUUCGAGCAUGAUUUCAGAGCCGUGUGUCCCUUUCCAAAACCUGGCAGGCGGGGGAUCAGUGUUUGAUCCAACAUCCUGAUACACUCGGCGUUGCCAGACGCACUGCGCAGAGCUUACACAUGUAAUAAGUGAACUAAGAAACCCAGUGAGCAAAGGACCCAGUCCACCAGUCAUCCUCCAAGAUGGCGAGCCAGGACCCUGUCAAUCCCUCACAUGCCGCAUUUGACCUCUUUGUCCAAGCCCAGAGCUGUGAGGAUGCAAAGCACCACUUUGCUAAGCUCUGUCGGGAACUGGACAUCAAUCCUAAGGAUUUCAGGACCUUCUACAUCAAGUUAAAGGAAAGACUGAACUACUGGAAGGCCAAAACUUUGUGGACAAAGCUGGACAAAAGGGCAUCUCACCCAGAUUACCAGCAAGGAAAGGCCUGUUCCAAAAACAAGUGUCUCGUGUUGGGUGCUGGACCAUGUGGGCUGAGGACAGCCAUCGAACUGGCCCUGCUGGGGGCUCAGGUGGUGGUGUUGGAGAAGAGAGAGGCCUUUACCAGGAACAAUGUUCUCCACCUGUGGCCCUUCACCAUCUAUGACCUCCGUGGGCUCGGAGCCAAGAAGUUCUACGGCAAAUUCUGCACCGGCUCUCUGGAUCACAUCAGCAUUCGCCAGCUGCAGUUGGUGUUAUUGAAAGUGUCCCUCCUCCUCGGGGUAGAGGUGCACACUGGAGUGGAGUUCCAGGGCUUGAUUGAGCCCUCGGGAGAAAACGGUUGGAUGGCCAAGCUGCAGCCCGGGUCUCAUCCUGCCGCCGCCUUCCAGUUUGAUGUCUUCAUCUCCGCUGGAGGAGGCAGGUUUGUCCCUGACGGUUUUAAGCACAAGGAGCUGAGAGGCAAGCUGGCCAUCGGCAUUACAGCCAACUUCGUUAACAGAAACACGGCUGCUGAGGCCCAGGUGGCAGAGAUCAGUGGUGUGGCGCGCAUCUACAACCAGAAGUUCUUCCAAGAGCUGCUCACGGAGACAGGUAUUGAUCUGGAGAAUAUUGUCUACUACAAAGACGACACCCACUACUUUGUCAUGACUGCCAAGAAGAAGAGCUUGCUGAAGAAGGGGGUCAUUAAACAGGACUACGGCGAUGCAGAGGAGCUACUGGCCCCAGCAAAUGUGGAUCGCGAGGCUUUGUACCGCUAUGCCCACGAUGCCGCCAACUUCUCCACGGGCGGCAAACUGCCUGAACUCCAGUUUGCUCUGAGCCAGACUGGCCAGCCAGAUGUGGCCAUGUUCGACUUCACCUGCAUGCACCGUGCUGAGAACGCCUCACUUGUCAGGGAGAGGAAGGGGAAGAAACUGCUGAUGGCUCUUGUUGGUGAUUGCCUGGUGGAGCCUUUCUGGCCUCUGGGCACAGGCAUAGCCCGUGGGUUUCUAGCUUCUUUUGACACAGCGUGGAUGGUGAGGAGCUGGGGCACGGGGGUCCCACCUCUCAAGGUCCUGGCUGAGCGGGAGAGUAUCUACCAGCUGCUGUCCCAGACCACACCAGAAAACACCAGCAAAAACUACGCUGGUUACAGCAUCGACCCCAAAACACGGUACCAGAGAGUCAACCUGUCGUCCAUCCACGCCAACCAGGUGCAGCACCUGUAUGAUGUUGAUAAAUCCCGCCCGUCGAGCAAGAAACAGAAGGACAAGUGGUCUCACAUGCGUCAAGAUUCAGUCAGUGGUUUUGAAGAGCUGUUGAAAUGGUGCCAGAAUCGCACCGCGGGUUAUGCCAACGUGAACGUAAAAGAUUUUACCCAGUCCUGGAGGUCCGGGCUGGCCCUGUGCGCUCUGAUCCACCACUUCAGACCUCAGCUCAUUGACAUGGACUCCCUGGAUGAGUCCAGUCCUGUUCAUAACAACCAACUGGCCUUCAGCAUCUUGGAGAAGGAGCUGGGCAUCCCACCCGUCAUGUCUGCCAGCGAUCUGGCCAACAGUGGUCAGAUAGACAAGUUAUCCUUGGUUCUCUAUCUCACCCAGGUCCAGAAGGCUUUCACUGUGCCAGCAAAAGACCCUGAAGGCUUCCUGCCAUCGUCCAAGCCUCUGACUUUCUCCCAGACACAGUCAGCUGUCUUUUUCCUGAACAAGCUGAAGCACAACUCUCUGCAAAGACGCAAGGAACAGCUGGCAGCAGAGAAACGAGCAAGAGAAGGAGAGAUAAGGAUGGGAGAUGAGGACAGUACGGUGGUGCCUCCGGUGUCCCCUGAGCUCAGCCCUGCACCUGAUCCUGAUCCUGAUCCUGCUCCUGAGCCUGAGAGUGAACCUGUUACCGGUUUGCCGAUGACCAACAGCGAGGAGUGCUACUUCUGUGGUCAAAGGGUCUACGCGGUGGAGCGCAUCAGUGCUGAGGGCAAGUUCUUCCAUCGGAGCUGCUUCACCUGCCACCAGUGCGGCAUCACACUCAGACUGGGGGGAUACACCUUUGACCAGACCACAGGGAGAUUUUACUGUGAGCUCCACUCUGAAGAGCUGGAGCUGGGAAACGGGGCUGAAACAUCUUGUAAGGACAUAGACAUAGACAUUCACAAAGGGACAAGCGAAGAGAACGGGGUUUCCAGUGACAAUUAUACGUCUCCAUCGGACGAGGACUAUGACCACACUUUGGACUGUGGUCCCUCUUUACAAACAAGGUCACGUAGCCCUGAUGGACAGGACCAGCACAUACUUGAAUCCGAAAAAGAGUCACAAGAACCACAUACGUCAGAAACUCCCACAGAUCCUCCGUCUAAAACUGAGGUGGCAGGUCCCACUGAGGAGGAGUUAGACGAGCUUUCACCCACAAGACCCUGCCCUGUCCCCAAGCCCCGCCUCUCCCGUCAGACCACACCCAGCCCUCAGCCCUCCCCUCCAAUAGCAAAGCCUCGCACAAUCCAUCUUUUUAACCCCUCAACUCCAGAGAGGUCAUCUCCCACCCCUGCAAAAGAGAUCUCUAAGGCAGCACCUGACUCCCGUCCGAAGCAGUCGCUGCGGAAGCUUCAGCUGACCGACGAGGAGAAAAGCCAACUGGUUAAUCUUCAAAGUUUCAGUGCCGACUCGGACUCUGAGACCCCCGGUGGAUCCUCAUCCUGCUCCUCUUCCUCAGCAACAGCAGGAGGCCCCAGCCCUCCCAAACCAGAGGGCCUGGAUGGGCAAGAAGAGGAGGGCUACUGGAGUGGCAGCACCGCCAGUCAUGUCCGGGAGAGGAGGAAUCGUCGCUGCUUCAGGAGAAAAGAGAUGCCAAGCGGGCAGACCAGAGUCAGGUCCAAGUUUUCCCCCUGGAAUCUCUCCUCCCCGAGGAUCAACAGAGACACCCGGCUCAGUGUCCUCAUUAAUCAUCCAGGGAGAGUGGAAACAACAUUCAGACACGCUCACAGUGCCUCAGAGGAGGGCGCUGACGGAGAUGAUGACGACGACGAUGACGACGAUGAGAUGUUCGAGCGGGAUGAUAUCGACUUGUACGAUGAGAAAUUUCAGACAGUGCCAUCAGACCCUGUCGAGGCUGAGAAGCUGGAGCUGAUGAAGAUGAGGACGCUGGAGCGACGAGCUAAGAUGAGUGAAUUGCAGAGAUUGCGCAAAGCACAGUCCAUCCAGAGGAGACUGGAGGAGAUUGAGGUGACCUUCAAGGAGCUGGAGGAGAAAGGUGUAGAGCUGGAGCGAACUCUCCGAGGAGAGGCUGGCAGCAGCGGUUCUCCUGAUAUGAUUGAGCAGUGGAUCCAACUCGUCCACGAGAAGAACGCGUUGGUUUCUGAGGAGUCUGACCUCAUGGUGGCGUCUCGACAGCUCGAACUCGAAGACAAGCAGAGCAUGUUGGAGCUGGAGCUCAGGAAAUACAUGGAGAUGAAUGACAAAACAGCAGAGCAGCAGGCGGAAGAAGAGCGCGUCCUGCAGCAGAUGAUCGAGGUGGUGGACAUGAGAGACUCGCUGGUGUCGUUUCUGGAAGAGAAGAGGCAGAAGGAGAUAAGCGAGGAGCAAGAGGCCUUCUCCAUUAUGGAGGCCAAACGCCACUCGAAGGCAGGAGCUCAGGUUCACUGGGCAUAAGGCUUUCACACGCACACACACACACAUACACACACACCUGCACACACAUACACACAUACUCAGCAUGAACCUGUAUGUACCGCACAGUAGAUUCUCUCACAUCUACUGUAUGUGGGGACUUGCCGCUUACAGACUUGGAACCUGAAACUUUUGCAAAGCCAAAGAUGAUACAGCGUCGUUGUGGAGGGUAACCCACCACAAGCAGGUCUCUCAGCGAUUAGGAUAAAGAAUGAGAGUCAGGAUUAUGGGCCAGAGGAUGAAUGAAUAUCAGUUUCAGUCCAGCCCCUAGAGGGAGACAUAAACCUGGAGAUCUGAGGCUUUGGGUUGACGCGUCCAACAACUCUCUGGCUAAGCCCUGACUGCUGGGAUAGUGGACUCACAGCAACAGACCCCAUGUGAGAGAGGAUCUUUAGUGUCUGCUGCGCUACUGAACAACCACCACACAGCAGAUAAUCAUUACCCAGCCUUGGACUUGGCCUGGUUUGGUGUCAGAGACAUAGAAUUACAGCAGUGGAGCCUUAGAGAUAGAUUUAGGCUGAAAACACAGGAUAACUGAGGUUUUUGAAAAUAGUUUGAUGUUGAUUUUUCCUUGUGUCAUCAUGAAUAAGUACUAUUGUACACAAAGACAUAAUAUACGGUACAUAUCAUAAUUAUAUGUUUGGUAUUUGUAUAUUGAAUAGAAAUAUGAGGGAGGUUAAAAAAAGAGAUCAAAUAUUAAAAUAUUAGAAUUAUUACGGUAAAACUGGGUUAUUCCUUAUUCCUAUUUGUUUCUUAUCCAGUUUUCAGUUUUGAACGUUAAUGAAUUUUGUAGCACUUCCUGCUGUUCACCACGCCUGAUUUCACGUUGGAUCGUUAAACUCAGGGGUCGACCGUUCAGUCCUCCAGGAUCCGAGUUAGGGUUUUCACUGAUGGCCUUCAACAGUCGGCUGCUUUUUAAGUGCUGGUGUAUUAUACGAACGCAUGUGGAUUUGGGGUGAAUGAAAAACAGACUAAUCUGGGCUGGUGCAUCUGUUUAUAAAUGCCGUCAUUUAUCAUUAGCAGCUGUUCCUGUUCACGUGCUGGCACAACAGCCCAAAUCAAGACAAAGACCAGUUUGUUGUUAGUGAAAAGGAGCCUUAUAUAUUCAUUGUUCUGUUGCCAUUUUGUGCCACCUGGGCAGCACCUCACAGUAUAUCAAAUAAAGAUCAUGCACUUUGG